ACUACUUACGAGCCUAUUCCAAAUAAUGUUAUUUCCUGUGGAUUUAUGUAACUAUUAACAUUCUGUUAGCACUUCAGAAAAACUUAUUGACAUAUGGUGCAUCAAUAAAUGUUUCAGAUGAUGGUUUUGCGUUUCUUACACUACGCCUCACUGGUUUCAGAUAUUUACCAGUAGCAAACUUGGAGAUCUUAUAUUAGGUAGUUCAUUUACUGUCAGAGGAAGUAGAAACAGCCGUCCAAAUACUUGUUGAUAAGCGACUUUUAUGAUGAGCAGCAAAUGUAUUGAUAUUGAUGUUAUCAUGUUGGAUUCAACAACGAGGUGUUUCCAUCUUUUGCCUCGUGCACUUGGACAUGAACUGUACACUACAGUAGUCGAAUAUCUUCAACUAGUCGAGUAUGAUUAUUUUGACUUGGAAUAUACUAAUAAGGACGGUCUUCAAUGUUGGCUGGACCAUGCAAAAGCGAUAAACAAACAAAUCAAUAUAUCAAAGAGAUUUCUUUAUUCAUUUGUUGUAAAAUUUUAUACCCCUCAUCCGAAUUUAUUGGAAGACGAAUUAACUAGAUAUCUCUUUGCUUUACAAAUCAAAAAUGACCUUCGUUCUGGCCGGUUACAAUGUAGUGAAAGUACUGCUGCCCUGUUAGCAGCUUUUAUUGUCCAAGCAAAAGUUGGUGAUUUCCUGGAAGAUAUCUAUCAAGAUCAUUCAUAUUUGAUUGGUUUACACUUGCUCAGUCAACCUAGUGAGGAUAUGUUGAUGAAAAUCACUGAAUGUCAUCGUAAUCUUAUAGGUCAGUCACCAGCUGAAGCAGACUACAAUCUAUUGGAUACUGCACGCAAAGUUGAACUUUACGGAAUAAGAUUGAAUCCAGCAAAGGAUAACGUUGGAUUUAGUGUAAACUUAGCCGUGACUCAUUCAGGGAUAUGUGUUUAUCAAGGAAGCGUGAGGACCAACAUGUUUUCAUGGGCUCGAAUAAGAAAAUUAAGUUUUAAACGAAAAAAUUUCUUCAUAAAAGUACAUCCUGAAGGCUGUGAUGCUAUUGGAUUCUCAUUUGGUACAAGAAAUGAAUGUAAAAGUUUUUGGAAACAGUGUAUUGAACACCAUGCAUUUUUUCGUUGUCAAGCUGUUAGAAAUGUCGGGCGAAAAAGUCGUGUUGUUUCUAAAGGCUCAUCGUUUAGAUAUAUGGGUAGAACACAAAAGCAGUUAACAGAUUUCAUACGUGAAAAUUACAUAAAAAUGCCUAAUUUUGAGCGCUCAUCUUCCACUGGUCGUGUCUUAAACACUGAGUCAUCAGCAAUGAUUCUAAGUAGUUUGAAAUCACAAGAAAAUACUGUGAAAAACAACCAUGAUGUUCAAGGGAAUGCCACAGUUCAUUCAGAUUUGGGACCUUCUAUGCGAUGUGAGGGAGGUGAUAUUGUGUUUCGUAAUCGACCGCAAACAGAUCCAUCCCACAGACUCCAUUUUGCAAACAAUCUGCUAUCCGCUGAAUCUUCUCGUUCUGUUGCUAUCUCUAUCCCUCUUAGUGGACAGUCUAAUUCCGUAGGAUCUGUUGGUUCUCAUCAGAUAAUUCCAGAGAACCUCCACUCCUUAAAACAACGCAGAAGCGGUUCAGCAACUGGUCAAGUAAUCAUUGCAAGUAUGAAUACACAUGCAGCUCAAAUGCUUUCAGCGAUAGGAACCGCAAGUUCUGGGACAUAUACAAUGAACAGUUCUGUUUCUGCAGGGACACCUACUGGCUCUGCUAGCCCAACAGGAAGUCCAAAUCUUGAGGAUAAACCAACUGCACCGAUCACCAGCUCUGAUUAUUCAACUCAUCUUGUUUGGCCAAAUAAACUGAAUCUUCGACCUUUAUCUGUAUCUAAUCUUGCACUUCCACGACCUGCAUCGGCACCACAAUCUGGAUGGCGUGCUUCAUUACCUAGGCACAUCAUGCCAAACACGUCAAGUAUCUUAAUAGCCCAGCCCAAUGUAGCAUCCGCCGUUGCUGUUAUUGAUGCGGAUUCGCAUCAGUCGAUGCAUGCAUCUCUCUUACUAACAUCGAAAACCCCAUGUGGGCCAAAUCAAACAAAUACGUCUCAGGUGAAUAGUAAUAUACAGAGUAAUAUUUGUGGAACAACAACUAACAUUGUAAUGGCUAGUAAUCCACUUUUGUCUUCCAACUUAACAUCAGUUAGAGCUAUUUGUAUGCCAGUACAACAUCAGUCAGUUCAACUUGCUCGAAUUACUUCUGAUGGCAAUAAAUCUGUACAUUCACAAAUUAAAUUACCACCUGGAUGUGCAAUUCUCACAGGUUCCGGUCAAACAUCAAACUUUGGAGGUCGUAUUAUUUACGUAGAUCAAACAACUGGACAGUCUUAUAUACCAGUGUUUACAAAUGCCUCAGGAGAUGUAAAUCAGGCAGCGCUAGAUGGUAAUGCUCCUUUGGCCAUCAAACAAGCACAGUUUUCUAAUAUUGCUUCCACGUCCACGAUUUCAACUCAACAACAACACCCACAAUCGAACUGCACUCAAAAUAACCAAGAUGAAAUUAGUCAGUCUAAUCAACAUGGCACUCCAGAAAUUAAUAAUGUUCCGAGUAGUACACAUCCUGUUCCGCCAGACGUGACAAGAAAUGCUCGUACUGUCGGCAGACGAAUUGGACCUCCACCACCUGCACCAGAACGUAGGGACAGUGUUCUGCAAAAGGCUGUGGAAACUAGAACUCAGAAUUGUGUAACUGAUUCCUUAUCUUCAUCAGCACAACUUCAGUCUGAAAACUCAUUGAAAUCUGUGGUAAAAGAUCAGUCUGACUCACAAGGUGAAGAGGAAACUUCAGAUUCUCCACAUCAUUCUCAAAAUCUCAGAGAACAGUCACAUCCUCUUGCUAUGGGAAUGAUUACCGGACCUAAUAAUCUGCACUCAGCUUCCUGUCUAAGCUUAGCGGCCCGUGGCAGAAGUGCACUGAGCUUAGCAAAUUUAUGCAUUGAUGAUCGAGACGGUUCUGAUUUCGACAAAACAAGCGAUAAUGAACAAACUGAACUACAUCCAGUUCAUCAAUAUCCUUGCCUGAAUUCCCUACAUCGAUCUCAUAUUCUAGCAUCAGUGAGUGCUCGUACAUCCGAUGUAGAUAUAACAGAUGACGAUCAUCACUCCGUAUGUAGUCAACGUAGUAGUACUGCACGUUCUGUGUCAAGUGUUUGUCGUCAUGGUCACAGGCAUCAUCAUCAUCACUAUCAUAAUCGCAGGAAUCAUUCUCGUUGCCUAUCGGCAAUUGAUCCUUAUAUGAUGUCUAAUCACAAUGUAAAUGAAUCAAACAAUCAGAAUCCUGUUAAUAAUGCAGAAGACACUCGUCCAGCAAACAAACAAACUAAUCUUCGUGGUACACCGUCAACAGCACAUUCUUUUCGUCGACCUUCGAAACAUCAUUUGGAUGAGGCAUACCAUUUAGUUCGUGAAUUGGUCAUGACUGAGCGUACCUACAAAAGAAAUCUAGGUGUAAUUUGUACUCAUUUUAGAGAUAUUACAAAUGACCCCUUGUGUUCAGAUAUCAGUAUUAGUCCUCAACUGUCUCAAGACCUUACAUCGCAUUUAGUUGAUCUUCUCAGUCCAAUUUAUGCCGAACAUUGUGUAAUGUUGAAUAAUUUUGAAAAUCGUCUUUCUAACUGGUCGUCUCAAAAUGGCCAUAACAAAGAAUCAAAUGGUUUGGAAUCUUUGACACUGAAUUCAAAAACAGUAAAUUCAUCAACUGGACAUCGUAUUGGUGAUCUAUUUGUAGCCAGUCUUCAUAUUUUACCGCUCUACCAUUGUUACCUCAUACAUGCAGCAAAUAUAAUGCUUGAUAUUGAAAGGCUUAUAAGAAACCGACCAGAAAUAGAGAAGUUAUUAAAAAAUUUCGAAGCACAAAAAUAUUGUUAUUUACCAUUUUACGUAUUCCUGUUGAAGCCAAUGCAUCGAUUAUUACAAUACCGUGUCCUACUUGAAAGAUUGAUGCGUUAUUAUGGUGAGAUUCAUCCAGAUCUUUCUGACUGUAGAAUUGCACAUGCUAAGCUAAAUGAUCUUAUUCAAUCACAAUGGGAAUCUUAUAAAAAAGUUGAAAAUACAUAUAAAUUAUUAGAAAUUCAAAGAGAUCUAAUUGGUUUCAAUCCAGAUGUAAUAUCUUCUUCAGAUUUAUCACAAUAUUCCAAUUUACAAAGUGAAAAGUCACGUGAUCAUCAUAGUAAUAAACAGAUAUCUAAUAAUACAUCAGUAUGUGGUUCACAUUCAUUAGGACCUGUAUAUCAUCCUAAUAGACAGUUUAUUCGUGAAGGUUGGCUUCAAAAGUUAUCUAAAAAAGGAUAUCAGCCAAGAAUGUUUUUUCUGUUGUCAGAUCAAUUAGUCUAUGCAAGUCGGACAACAGCACCUUAUUUACAAUUUAAGGUUCAUGGUCAAUUCUCCUUACAAGACUUAAUGGUUGAGGAAGUUGAACCUGCACAUAGUUUUACUAUUUACUCAGGUAAUCGUUGUUUUCUUGUGGCAGCUUCAUCAGAUUGGCAACGUGAUCGAUGGCUUGAAGAUAUCUCGAGAGCUAUUUUAGCUGCAAAAACUAGACCAUCAACAUUUAUAAAUGAGUCUGUUAUGAAUAAUGUUGGCAAUAAUAAUAAUAAUAAAAAUGAUGAAACUUCAACGAAGAUACUGAAUUGUGGUAAGUUUCUGCAUUUUGUGACCUAAACGAUUUGUAAUCGUACAGUGUUCUCAUUUAAAUCUCGGUAGUUUUCCUCAUCGCAUAUCUUUUUAUUAUGCGUUUGAUUCAUUCAUCCUUUCCAUCACAGAUAUUAUAUUCCUCUGAGGAAGUUUUCGGUAUAGACUGACAUCGUCUGAAGAACUAUAAACUAUUUGGGGAUAUACAAUAGCUGUUUAAUACCUUUCGACUGCACUCACUGGCAUACUUUAUAUGAAUCAGUCCCUACACAUUCUAGUGAUGUUACGAGACAACUAUCAGUAAAUCACUGGAUUAUGAUACAUCAUUCAUAUUUGUAACUCCAGUCAACUAGCUGCAUAACUUAAGUAUUAUUCCCUAUCAUCUCUUACCGUUCAUCUUCAAUUUUAUUUUGAGGAACUAACAGGUUUUCAGUCAUAGAUUUGCUACAGAGCUAUUAUGUGAGCCAUGUUGUGGUUAGGCGUCGAGCAAUAGGCAAGGAAGUUCAGUCAGUAUAUAGGGUUACGAACUUCCGCGGACUCAAGUGAAUUGGUUAUAUUUUGUCAUACCGAAGCAUAGCCUACCUCAAUAUGUCAUGUUAGCUGAAGUAGCAUGGAAGAAUGCUAAGAUCGGAAAGGCUACUUGUCUUUUUGUACACUUUUUUAGUGUUUGCUUUAAUGUCAUACUUUUUUCCGCACUUCAUCUUUGCAUGUUGUUUUGAAGUAUGGCAGUUGGAGAUGGUGUGCUUUUAUGCCAGGUUCUGUAUUGCUAUGUCAAUCUGUCUACUCCUGGUCUGAUUGACUUGAUAGAUUGUGGCUUCCGAUAUUCUUCUGGAGUUAUUUACCUUCGUAGAAAGUAGGCUCAUUUAUCUAAACACUGCUUCAAAAUGAAUCACUGUCACCGAAAUAUACACUGAAACUUAGUAAUGUUCAGAAACGGCACUCCUUUGGUUCGGUUCAUUUCCUUUCCUUUCCAUCGUUAAGUCAAUAUGCAUUCGUAUUGAAAACUGUCACUUUCCAUCGUAAUGAAUUCAUCUCAAAUUUUGAAAGUAAAUCCUUCCAAACAACUAUUAACAAAAGUAAAAAUAUUCAUGUUUUAUAGCAGUCAUUUAACCAGUAGUAACCCAAGAUACGAUACAUUAAUAACCUACCUUAAAUUCAAUUUUUCCUAGCAUUUUAAAAGUUCAUGAUCAGUAAAAAUUAAUAUUCCCUGCAAACACAGAAUGAUAUCAGAAUUAUAUCGUAAAAUUGACAAGAGUUGGAAAAUGUAUACCACUUCACUUCGAUCGCUUAGGUUAGGGGUUGGCAGUAACAUACUUACUGUAUUACCAAGGAGUUCUGGGCUCAGUCUCAUACAUGUCUGAAGGUGAGCAACACGGAGAAAUCCUGAGGUAGGAACAGCCACCUAUUCAGUACUUUCUGGCCUUUCAUAAUGUGUUCUUUAGGUGAAGUAAAAAAAACGGUGAAAAGUGUCGAGGAUUUGCUAAGUCAUGGUUGUUUUCCAGUCAUGAUAAAAUCAAAUGUGUUGCAUAGUCCGCUGAUCAAAUCCUGCCACCACCCAAGUUUUCGUUUCAAUCUCAAACAUCAUUCUAUCGCGU